AGAGAGAAACAGCUCCAAUUCUUAUUGAAUAUAGAACUAUUCUCUCUCUCUCUCUCUCUCUCUCUCUCUCUCUCUCUAUAUAUAUAUAUAUAUAUAUCCGGUUGUAUUAUACACGCAUACAACCAAAACUGAACCACUACAGCCACACCUACGAUGGCGAAAGGGAGCUCCGUUGCGGCGGAUCUAGUCGAAUUCCUCAACGCUUCUCCCACCGCCUUCCACGCCGUCGACGAAGCGAAGGAGAGGCUGAGAAGUGCUGGAUACGAGCAAGUUUCGGAGAGAGAAGAUUGGAGUUUGGAAGUCGGAAAGAAGUACUUCUUCACAAGGAACCACUCUACGAUUGUCGCUUUCGCAAUCGGUAAAAAAUAUGUUGCUGGAAAUGGAUUCCACAUAAUUGGUGCUCACACUGACAGUCCUUGUUUAAAACUGAAGCCUGUUUCAAAGGUAUCGAAAGGUGGGUAUUUAGAAGUUGGCGUGCAAACUUAUGGAGGUGGUUUAUGGCACACAUGGUUUGAUCGUGACUUAACUAUUGCUGGAAGGAUGAUAAUAAGAGAAGGGAAAGAUAGUGGUGUUUCAUAUUCACAUCGGCUGGUUAGGAUUGGGGAGCCCAUAAUGCGUGUCCCAACUUUGGCAAUUCAUUUGUCAGACAGGGAUGCUGAUGGAUUUAAGGUGAAUACGCAGAGUCAUCUUCUUCCAGUUUUGGCAACAUCAGUUAAGGCAGAGCUUAAUAAAGUGGUGUCGGAGAAUGGUCCAGUUGAAAGUGGAAGUUCAGUUGAUGGAAAGAAUGCUAAUGAGAUAUCAACAGCUGACAACCAAAAGCAUCAUUCACUUCUUUUGCAGCUUCUUGCUGCUGAAGUUGGCUGUAAACCGGAUGACAUAUGUGAUUUUGAGUUGCAAGCAUGUGAUACACAACCAAGUGUAAUAGCUGGUGCGGCAAAGGAGUUCAUAUUCUCUGGAAGACUUGAUAACCUAUGCAUGUCGUUUUGCUCUUUACAAGCAUUGAUAGACGCUACGUCUUCUGAGAGUAGUCUUGAAGAUGAGACCGGUGUAAGGAUGGUUGCCUUAUUUGAUCAUGAGGAGGUCGGAUCUAACUCAGCACAGGGAGCUGGAUCUCCCGCCAUGUUGGAUGCUCUAUCACGAAUUACGAGUUUCUUCUGCUCUGAUGUUAAGGUUCUGGAGAAGGCAAUCCAAAAGAGUUUCCUCAUAUCUGCUGACAUGGCACAUGCCUUGCAUCCCAAUUACAUGGAUAAACAUGAAGACAAUCAUCAGCCUAAGUUGCAUGGUGGGCUUGUUAUUAAGCAUAACGCAAAUCAACGCUAUGCAACCAAUUCGAUCACCUCCUUCAUAUUUAGGGAGAUAGCUAUCAAGCAUAACCUUCCUGUCCAGGAUUUUGUGGUUCGCAAUGACAUGCCCUGUGGUUCAACCAUUGGUCCCAUCCUGGCAAGUGGCACGGGGAUUCGAACGGUUGAUGUUGGGGCCCCGCAACUAUCGAUGCACAGCAUAAGAGAAAUGUGUGCCGUUGAUGACGUAAAACAUUCGUACGAGCAUUUCAAGGCUUUCUUCCAGGAGUUCUCUCAUCUGGAUUCCAAAAUUGUAGUGGACAUUUAGGAUUCUGUGUCUCAUUCCCUUCGAAAUUGUGUUGUCUAACAGUUGGAGAUCCUUGCAUCCGCUCCGACCUCAUGAAAGAUAUGGUGAUGACUGAUGACUUGUUGGGUUACUUUGGCCCUUUGAAAGCUAGUUUAUCGUGGUGUUCUUGUACUAAACUCGGACACGCUUCUAGUUUGACAUAGAGAGAAAAUAAUUAAAGGAAAACUUGGUGCAAAUUUUUUAAAA